GCUCAUGGUGAGAAUUGGAAAGUGAUGCGUCGGUUCACGUUAUCCACAUUACGGGACUACGGAGUGGGCAGGAGGACCAUUGAAGACAAAAUCACUGAAGAGUGUAGUGUUUUGAUGAAGACAAUUACAACUUAUGCAGGAAAACCAUUUGAGGUCACAACAGUUAUGACUGCUGCUGUUUCCAACAUUAUAGUUUCUAUUCUACUUGGGAAGCGCUAUGACUAUGAAGAUCCCACAUUUCUAAGACUACUGAAGUUAAUGAAUGAAAAUAUUCGGCUUUCGGCAACCCCUUCUAUAUUGCUAUGUGACUCCUUUCCCAUGCUGGGGUUCCUUUUGGGUUCUCAUAAAAUACUAAUAAAUAAUAGAAAGGAAGUCCAUGAUUUCAUACAGGCCACCUUCAUAGAACAUCUCAAAGACCUUGAUGAAAAUGAUCAGAGGAGUUUCAUCGAUUCAUUUCUUGUUCGGCAAAGAGAGGAAAAUAAGAAGAUGACAAAUGCUGAAUAUUUUCAUAAUGAAAACCUUAAAGCUCUUGUACUUGACUUAUUUGGUGCUGGUACAGAAACGACUGCAAACACUCUGCGCUGGGCCAUACUCCUAAUGAUGAAGUACCCGGACAUUCAGAGGAAGGUCCAAGAAGAAAUUGCAAAAGUGAUUGGAGAUCUCCAGCCAAGGACAGAACACCGAGCAAAAAUGCCUUACACCGAGGCAGUAAUUCAUGAAGUUCAAAGGUUUGCUGACAUUUUUCCAAUGAACUUGCCACAUGCAACCAGCAUGGACAUAGGCAUGCAGAUUAUUCCACUGCUGUCAUCAGUGCUCCAUGAUGAAUCUCAGUGGGAGAAACCUCAUGAAUUCUAUCCUGAGCAUUUUCUUGAUUCUGAGGGAAAAUUUCUGAAAAAAGAUGCAUUCCUGCCCUUCUCUGCAG